AUGGCAGAACAAGUGAAAAGAAUUAUUAGAGUUACGACUGAACAACAUGUAUUAACUGAUGAACCACCAGUUGAAAAUUUCCCUAUGAGAACUUGGUCAGUAUCAGUAAGUUUAUUAAACCAAGAAGGUAAUGAAAUCCCUGCUAAUAUAUUAGACAAAGUCACUUACACUUUACAUCCAACAUUUUUGAAUCCUAUCAGAACAUUGAAAACUCCUCCUUUCAGAGUUGAAGAAAAAGGUUGGGGUGAAUUCGAUAUACCAAUCUCUGUUCAUUUAGUUGGAUUAAAUGGUAAAUUAGGUGAAAGAAAAAUUCAUCAUGAUUUGAAUUUUUUAAAAGAAAAAUAUACUAUUGACCAUACCAUUAGUAUUCCUACCAACAAAUCAUCAAUCUUGAAUAAAUUAUUACAAGAAAGUGGGCCAAUACCUAGUGCUGAAGAUUUAUCAAAAAGAAAAACUAACGAAGAUUUAAAUAAAAAUACCAAAAAAUUAAAAUCCAAUGGAAAUGCUGUUAAGGGAUCAAUUGAUUUGGAAAAAUUAGCUAAUGGUUUAACUAAAUUAAAUGAAGAUGAUUUAAUUGUUAUUGUUCAAAUGGUUACUGAUAAUAAAACUAAUGAAAUGAAUAUUAAAAAUGAUGUAGAUAAUGGUGAAUUUACUAUGGAUUUAUACACUUUGCCAGAGUCUUUAUUGAAAUCUUUAUGGGAUUAUGUUAAAAAACAAACUGGUGAUGUUUAA